AUGGACCCUUGGGAGCUUAGGUACUACGAGGACGAUGACACUCCAACAAUGAAAACAAUCAAGAGUGCAACUACCGGUUUUGCAGCUGGAACUGUAUGGGGAACUGUGGUUGCUACAUGGUACGAUGUGCCUCGUGUUGAGAGAAGUGUUGCCCUACCAGGGCUUGUAAGGACACUGAAGAUGAUGGGGAAUUAUGGAAUGACAUUUGCUGCAAUUGGCGGAGUAUAUAUUGGUGUUGAGCAGCUGUUGCAGAAUUAUAGGAUGAAAAGAGACUUCGACAAUGGUGCUGUUGGUGGUUUUGUGGCUGGGGCUUCUAUUCUCGGUUUCAAAGGCAGGAGCAUCUCAACAGCUAUUUCCGCUGGCGCUGCUCUGGCUGCUACCUCUGCCGUGAUUGAUGUUGGAGGUCAGACAACAAGAAUAAACACAGGUAAAUAG